ACGGAAGAGGCGGGCCGGGGGUUCCCCGGGGGAAGUCCCCGGCUCGACUCCUAAAGCACUUUUCUAGUUUCCUCUCCUAGACUCCUAUUCCUCUUUCGAGUCAACUAUUAUCUGAUGUUUCGGCUCCGUUUAAAGCGUCUGGACUUGAUGAAGGACUGAUGUCCCCCGCCUCAGGGAUGGUGGAGCAGCAGACAUGGAGAGGAGCAGCAUGGGAGAGCAGGUGAACAAGGCCUUCGAGGUCUACCGCCAGGCCUCCCUGGAGAAGGACCUGGCCAAGAAGGAGCUGGAGACGAUGACAGAGUACUACGUCCGCUACACCCAGGAGCUGCAGCAGCAGAUCGAGGACCAGCGGCAGCUCAUCUCCAGGCUGGAGGCCCAGCUGUCCUCAGCCAAUCAGCCGCCAGGAGAGAGCAGAUCAAAGGCCAGACGACGAGAAGCCAGGGCCCGGGAGGAGGGGCCAGCAGGGCCCGAGGGGGCGGAGCUCAGCGUCCACCGCCCCGACCGAACCGCCGACCUCAGGAAGACACAGCUGAAGGAGAAUGCCGACAGGGCACUGGCUGCCUCUCCUUGGCCCGCGCUGAAGAGCCCCCCGGACAGGUAUCUGGCUCCCCUGGGGUACCGGGAACCUCUUGGUUCUCGCUCAGCAGAGCCGCUGACCUCAGACUGUGGUUUGUCCUGCAGCCAGAGCAUGCUGGAAGUAUUCGAAGCCAUUCAAGGGAGAUUCCAGCAGAUCCAGAUCCUAACGCGACGGCAGAAGGACCACCUGAGGCGGUUCCAGGGGGGAGACCUGUCCAGCGACCAGCAGUUCUCCAUGCCCAUCCAGUGCACUGACGGCACGGCCGAGCGGACCGAGGGGCCCGGCCCCCCCCGCUCCGAGGGCCAACAGGGCCACGCCCGGGGCCAUGCCCGGGGGCACGCCCGGGGGCAACGCCCAGGGCCACGCCCAGGGCCACGCCCGGGGCCACGCCCGGGUGCAUGCCCGGGGCCCCUCCUGUGGGGGGCGACGCCCCCACAGACGGCCACGGCGCUGGCGUCCCGCGGUGCCGGCCCCCAGGACCAGGGCCUUGGGGGGCGGGACCUGGGGGACUCUCUGGCCCGACUCAGCGUGAAGUUCCCGCCGGCGUUGGACUGCGAGUACGACUUCCUGAACAGCGCCCCGGAGAGACCCCUGCGGUGCGGCCAGCCCCCCCUCCCCGUGAUGGAGGAGCCCCCCCUGGGGGGGCAGCCCGGGCCCUUUGGCCUCCCCCCAGGGCCCCCCUCCCCGACGGAGGAGGGCGGACCCCAACAGGUGAGAGGGGCGGGGCUUCAGGGGAGCAACAGCGUCAGGGCCUCAUUGACUGGAGCGGGGGGGCCGCUGAGCGGGGGGCCCGGGAGCGGGGGGGCCCGGGAGCGCGAUGGCGGCGGCGGCGGCAGCCCUCAGUGCGCGUUCUGCCAGGCCACCGUCCCACAGGACCGCAUGAACAACCACCUCUACCUCCACUUCUCCCACAAGAACAGCAACAAGUGA